AAUCCAUGUCCAACUUCACCACGUGGCACAUCUCUCUCUCAAUCUCAUUCCUAUCUUUUAUUCGUUUCCUUUAAGAAACCAAAAUUUUAGCGUUUAAUUUGUUCUGUUACCAAAAACGACAACGGUGGCGACAGCUACAAUCCUUCCUAUAAAUCGGCCUCCUCCUCUUCUUGUUGCGACCAGAAGGCUUUCGAAGCUUUGUUGUUAUUGCAACGGUCUUGGUUUUUGCAGCGGUGUUUCGGUUAUUAUGGCGAAGAGCAUCUUGGUCACCGGCGGAGCCGGUUAUAUUGGGAGCCACACGGUGCUCCAGCUCCUGCUGGGCGGGUUCAGGACCGUCGUCGUUGACAACCUCGACAACUCCUCGGCCGUCGCGCUCGACCGAGUCAAACUGCUCGCCGGUGAUCUCGGCGACAACCUUCUCUUUCACAAGGUGGACCUCCGGGACAAACCAGCACUUGAACAAAUUUUUGCUUCAACACAAUUUGAUGCUGUCAUACACUUCGCUGGGCUGAAGGCAGUUGGUGAAAGUGUGAAAAAACCAUUGCUCUACUAUAACAACAAUUUAAUUGGGACAAUUACUUUGUUAGAAGUCAUGGCUGCACAUGGAUGCAAAAAGCUUGUGUUCUCAUCUUCAGCUACUGUCUAUGGUUGGCCAAAGGAGGUCCCAUGUACAGAAGAGUUUCCCCUUUCUGGUGCAAACCCAUAUGGACGAACCAAGCUUUUCAUUGAAGAAAUUUGUCGUGAUGUAUACGGCUCAGACACUGAAUGGAAGAUCAUGUUGCUAAGAUACUUCAAUCCAGUUGGCGCACAUCCUAGUGGUGAUAUUGGUGAGGAUCCCCGUGGAAUUCCAAACAACCUCAUGCCCUUCGUGCAGCAAGUUGCUGUUGGCAGGCGACCAGCCUUAACAGUUUAUGGAAAUGAUUAUUCAACUAAGGAUGGUACCGGGGUACGUGACUACAUUCACGUUGUUGAUUUAGCUGAUGGGCACAUUGCUGCUUUGUGCAAGCUGGAUGAGCCUGGCAUAGGUUGUGAGGUUUACAACUUGGGUACUGGAAAAGGUACAUCAGUUCUGGAGAUGGUUGCUGCAUUUGAAAAGGCAUCUGGAAAGAAACUUCCACUCGUAAUGGCUGGGCGGCGACCUGGUGACGCUGAAACUGUUUAUGCAUCAACAGAGAAAGCAGAAAAGGAAUUGAAUUGGAAGGCAAAAUAUGGCAUCAACGAGAUGUGCCGGGAUCAAUGGAACUGGGCCAGCAAAAACCCUUAUGGCUAUGAAUCUCCGGACUCCACGAACUAGAACUUUGUUUUUAUUUAGUUUUGCAGUUGUCUGUCACCCGUGGUGUCAUGCUUUUGCGGCCUUCUGAGAUUAGGGCUUCCCUGAACUUUGUUGGCGGAUUUUAAGCUGAUAAUCAUUGUGGUGUUAACAUUCUAGGUUACCUGCCAAGCAAUCUUGGUUUCUUUGUUCCAUCAUAAAAGGUUUAGUAUGUCUCCCCAAUUAGACAUUAGUGGGACAUAACCAUUUUUAUCUAAUAUAAUUGCAACCUUUUCUUCCCUGAA